CCAUGGCCCAUUCCUUGUCCGUCGGUCGCCAGCGCCACGAGGAACGGGAAACGCGAUCUUAAAAAAUUUAUUUUAAAAAACUAAUUUACCGCAUUUUCCCCAGUUAAAAAACGAACAUACCCCUAAAAAAAAAAACGAGAGCGAAAGUUCAGUAUUCAAAACGCAAUUCAAUUUGGCCAAAACAAUUUGAGGCAAAUUCGGAGACAAAGGCGCGAUCUCGGCAGCGAAAAAUAAACCUGAAAGCAUAACGAUUUCGGACGCGUGCCAGGCGGUGGGCGGUAGGCGGGGCGGCAGAGGACGCCAGCAGCGACUGCGACGUCGCUGUUUUUAUAUGAUUUUCCGCUCGUAGUGCUCUUUUUUAUUUUUUCAUUUCGAUUUUUUUCCCUCCGCUUUUUUUGCCGGCUGUCGUCGUGAGCAGAAUGCCGCCGGUUCUCGGUUCUCCGUUCAGUUCUGGUUGAGUUUCUGGCGACGAGUGACACACACAGAGGGAACUAGAAAUAAACGACAUCGAAAAACGAAACAAAACUUAGUUGUACUGUAGAUACUGGCUGAUUAAGAAACACGAAACACAAAGCACUUACAGACACACACACAUAUAUCUCUCUCAUAUAUAUUGAAUAAACUGCAUUAGUUCAGAUCGAGCGAAAGUGCCGUAGACGAUGCCCAAUAACCGCAAUCGUAAUCGCAAUCGCAAUCGCAAUAAACGCAAUCGAAACCAAAAUCAAAAUCAAAACCCAAACCAAAACAGUCAACAGCAGCAGCAGCAGGUUGAAGGGGCAGAGGAGCGGGAGGAGCAGGAGCUGGAGCAGCAGGAUUCUCAGAUCGCAGUAGCAACAUCUUCUUCAUCCAUAGAUGAUAAUGGAAAUUCUGGCAGCGUUUCAAAUGGGCCAACGGAAAACAGCAAAAAGGUGACGAACACUCUUGAGAAAAGCGAAGAAAACGAAAAAAUAUCCAAGGAACCAGCAACAGUCAUCCAAAAAGAAGAAGAUUUUGAUUUAGACGCAGAAAUGGGUGCCAAAAACUCAAAACACCGCAAGGAAAAGACCGAUAAGCAGGCAGCUAAUGGACAAGCUGAUGAGCAGGUGCGUCCACCACCCACAAUUAUACGAAGGCCGCCCGGCAGCCCGCGGCAAGCCAAGGUUAUAGUUCAUCGAAUUGUCAGGGAAGAGGACAAGGCAAAUGGCAAAUCUGAAGCUCAAGAGCAACCCAAGGUUGUGGAAACCAAAGAGCAACACUUGGAAAUUGAGGAAUCAAAGGAGCAGCAGCUGGAUAUCAAGACAUCCCAAGAGAAGGAGCAACUACCAGAAACUAGUCAGAUUUCAGAAGACGCACAGCAGCAACAUGUUGCAGUUGAAGAAAAUCUAGAAGCUAAUGAAAUACAAGAAGAUAGUCUGGCCUCUCCAAAGCCAGAUGAAGUGGAUCACUCACAGGAGAAAGUGCUUGAAGAGGAGCCACCACAGCAGCAACAUGAGCCAAAAGAACCUGAGCAAUAUGUGUUGCAACUUCAAAAGGCAAUGGAAUUUGUGGAAAACGCACAUCAGCAACAUAUUGCUGUGGUCAAAAAUCAUCAAAAACCAGAAGACAUUGAAAUUAAAGCUCAGGAGCUUGCAGCACAACAGCAACAGGAAUCAAAGGAAGCACAGCUGCAACAUGUUGCCGUUGCACAAAGUCUAGAGGUACCUGAGGAAAAGAAGGUAGAAAUCGCACAACAGCAGCAACACGAAGUGAAGCAGCAAAAGGAGUCCUUAUUGGACAGUGUCCAACAGCAACAAAUCGAGAAUGCUUUGAAAUCCUUAGAGAUCCCAAUUCAUGAUCCUUUUCCCCAGCAGUUACCCCCAAAACAUCCCACCUCAAAGAUUAUUAUCCACCAGAUACACAUGGAAACCAACGAAGAAGAGCGGGCGCGAAAAGGUAAGCCCACCUUCGAGGAGAUUAGCACUACAUCCGGUUCCCUAGCUGGAACCUUGUCUCCACCACCUCGCUAUUUAGUGGAGUCACCAAAGAACGUGUCAAGUGGUGGUCAGUUUUCUCGUUUUUCCCGCGAUGUGCAAAUCCAGGAGCUGGAGCUCAACAGCGAUUGCAGCUCUGGGGAGUUUAAUUCCCUACAAUCGCCGCUUGUCUGUGAAGCGGACUCGGAAUCAGAGGGAUCGGUAGCCUUGGGCCCAGAGCGAUCUCCGUCGGAUCAGCAGGUGCCGUCCAGCAGCCGAGUGGAGCAGCAAGAGCAGCUGCGCCAGAAGCGCGCCCAGAAACGGAACGCUCUGGAGUCGCACUUCCUGCCGCAGAUGCUUAAUCCCCGCUAUCUGGACAGCAUCCUGGAGGAGAAUGGCGAGGCAACCAGUUUCAGGAACUCCUCCACCUCCUCUAUGGGAAGCGAUCAGGCGGGGACACGCACACCCAAGCUAAAUGAGACCUUUCCCAGGAGUCAGUUGGACUUCAGUCGCAGGCAUAAGAGACGAGAGGAGGCACCGUCGCCUCUUAAAUUGGAAACCAAGCUACUGGAAGAGUCACCCGAUCUGGAAAGCUGCACCCGCCUUCAGAGCACCUUAUCCCCUCAAUCUGAAGAUGCGGAGCUAGUGUACCUCAGCUCCUCGGCCUCGAGUAGUGUCUCUGACCUCAUGGAAAUGGAGCUGGAGCAGGCGGCCGCCUUGGCGGAGAGGGCUCUUGUGGAUUUGGAUACAGACGCGACUCGGUUGAUUCUACGGCCGGAUGAUGAAAUGAGCAGCACAAGCACUACGACACUAGACAGGAGUGAGACGGAACCGGAAACGGAAACGGAGACGGAAAGAGAGGCCGAGGAGAGCCGUGAGAGCACACCUGUUAAUGUUAACCCAACGCAUACUAGUUCGCUUUCUUCGCUGCUGAGCGCGGCAACGCCGACGCCGACGCCCACGCCCACGUCUGCCGAUCGCGAACAAUUAGCAAAAGAUACAAAUGUAUCUGGUGGAUCGACGAUUAGUUUCGGGGCAGCAUCGCCGCUAGCGGCCACGCGCGAGGAGUUCGUUCGCAACAUGGACAAAGUGCGCGAGUUGAUAGAAAUGACGCGGCGCGAACAGGAUGAGCAAGGUGAAGUGCCGCGUUCGCCGUCGCCGCCGCCCGUACCCCCGCCCCCUGCCUCUGUACCGCUUUACAGUCCCGAGUCCUCCACGUUCCACUUGACACCCUUGCAGCUGAAGCGGCAGGAGUCGAAUGACUCCCACUGCUCCGACAGCACCACCCACAGCCAAUGCACGGCCAUCAAUUUGGCCAGUCCCCCACCGCCACCCACUGCCCAGCCACCCACACCGCCACUCAGACAAAAGCCUGCACCACCACCAAUACCCGCACCACCCACUCCCCAAUCAGAGCCAGAGCUUUCAGUUCCAGAUUUGGAUGCCGAUACCGAUACGGAUGCCAUAAAGAAACUGCGUCUGCUGUGCACCGAGCAGUUGGCUUCUAUGCCCUAUGGCGAACAGGUGCUCGAGGAGUUAGCCAGUGUGGCCCAGAAUAUUGCUGAUCAAAACCAAAACAAGAUGCCCUAUCCCAUGCCCCAGUUGCCGCACAUCAAGGAGCUGCAGUUAAACGCCAGCGAGAGCAAGUCAUCCUCCGCCUGGCUAGGUUUGCCUACCCAAUCCGAUCCUCAGCUUUUGGUUUGCCUUUCACCCGGUCAAAGGGAACUGGUUGAUGCCCAAACCCAACCAGAUGACCUACUGGAUGCCCAUCAGAAGUUCGUGGAGCGUCGGGGCUACCAUGAGCUGUCCAAGGCUGAGGUUCUCGAGCAGGAUCAUCAGCAGCAGCAGAGCGAGAUGCUCAAGACGGCGGCCAUGAUGCGCGAGUUGCGCAAGAGCCUCUCGCCGACGGCGCCCCCCGUUCCCCCGCCACCCGUACCGCAAAAGAGCGCCGAAACGGCGGCCAAGGCGACCGCUCAUGAAAACGCCAAGAGAGAUGACGCAAGCGAACAAAAGCAGAAGAUCGCAGAAUCAGGCGAAUCGUCAUCGCUUGAAAAUAAACCAAGGCGAGCAGCUGAUCUUGGUGAGCAGCAGUCGGCAGAGCACCGCCAGAGCAGCAGCACCAUCACCAGCAACAACACCACCACAGAGACCAUGUCCAGCCCCACCGCUAAGUUUCCCACGCUGGACAGCAUGGAAAGUGAACUGGCCAGGAUGUUCCCACAGCACAAGGGCGAUAUUUUCGAGGAGCAGCGCAAGCGUUUCUCCAACAUCGAAUUCCCCAGCCAUCAACAGCCUGUGAGUCAGACAAAACGUUAUUCCAAUAUCGAAACGAGUAGCUAUGAGUCCAAGAAGCGUGUGGAGAAUGGUCAAGUCAUCUACGAUGUAAGCAGUUCCAGUCACGAAAAGAAGGAACAAGGAGAUCCACCGAAAGAACAACCCGUUCCGCCCAUCCCCCCGCCGCCAAUUAUGUCAGCAACGAAAUUAAACGGUAACACUUUCAUUGAUGGAGACGUGGCGCCCAAAAAUAGCCAGCCAUCGAAAGAGAACGGUAGCGGCAACGGUACGUAUGAGGAAUUUCGGCAGCGUGCCAAGGCCGCUGCUGAAGCUUUUGGAGAUCAGCGGGAACAGCAGCAGCAGAAUGGGCUGGAUCAAGAUCGCGUGUUUAAGGACUUUGAUAGGCUAUCGCAGCAGAUGCACGCUGAACUGCAAACGACCCGUGAAAGGCGGGAGAAGUCCGCUUCCCUGUACGAUCUCAGUGGCUUCACCCGAUCCUCAGCGGCAGGUCAUCCAAAACUCGAUGAGCUAAAGCAAAGGAGACACGCACACAUGCAGGAGUUGGAAAAGGAAAUAGAGCGAUCUGCUAAGUCACGGCAGGAGCGUAUGUCUUCGGUACCGAGACAAAUGGAGGCCACCUCACCACAUACCCAUGAGAUUCCCAUUGAAGUGGAGCCACGUUCUCGACGAGCCGAAUCCCUGUGCAAUCUGAAUGAACAGCCACCACGUCCACACACCACAGUGGGUCACUAUAACUACCCAACGGCUCAAGAUGACUGGUCGAGGUAUGCCAGCGACUUGGGUUAUUCUGAGAAUAUAGCUCGACCCUUUGCCAGAGAGGUGGAGAUUUGCUAUCAGCGUCAGAAUCAGCGGGCACCACAUGGCAUUCGGGCUCCCCGACUCUCUGCCAGCACCAAUGAUCUGAGCAGCUCCAGUCAGUAUAGCUAUGAUACCUUCAAUGCCUACGGAGGAAGAAGAACCCAUGCCCCUAUGCUGAAUCAGGCGCAACAGCAACAGCGUCCUCAUUACGGCAGUUGUUACUCCAUGAUUGAGAGGGAUCCCAAUCCCAGGUACAUUAGCACCACCUCGCGAAGAGGUGUGAGUCCGGCACCGGUUGCACCAGUGCAGCAGCAGCAAGUGCCACCACCCGCCUAUGACCGCCAGCAGAGGAGAUCCUCUCUGCCGAGGGAACUGCAUGAACAGCAGCUGAAGUACAUACUAUCCAAGGAGGAGGAGCUCAAGUUUGAGGUGGAACGAUUGCAGCAGGAACGCCGUCGCCUAAUGGAGGAAAUGCAAAGAGCACCGGUUUUGCCGGCUCCUCAGAGGAGGGAGAGCUACAGGCCCGCCGCCAAACUACCCACCCUGAGUGAAGAUGAAGUCUUCCGGCAGCAAAUGGCUGAGGAGUGGAUGAACAAGGUGGCGGAGCGGGAGGAACGGCGCCAGCACAAGAUCAUACGCAUAUCCAAGAUUGAGGAUGAGCAGGAUCACUCGAACGUCGAUAGGGCAACCAUAAGCGAUGAGUUCUUGGAUCGAGUGAAAGAGCGGCGACACAAGUUGGCUAUGCCAGCGGACAGUGAUUGGGAGAGUGGAGCGGAAUCCCAGCCACAGCCGGCUGCCCAAUCCCAGCCAGAAUCGGAUGUGGAAACGGCACCAGUGCGCAUACUUGAGGGCCAGGCGGAGGCUAAUCUGCGACAAUUACCUCGUCACCUGAGGGAGUUUGCCAAGUUCUCGACAAGCGAGCAGUUGCCGGAUGGUGCCCAAAUGGAGCGACACGAGGAGCAGGAGCGAAGGGAAGAGGCCACCGACAAUUCGCAUAGCAGUGCCACCAAGAAGACGAGCAUCGUGAAGACAUACAAGGUUUCCAGGCUGCCGCCUUCCGUCCAGGACAGAGCCACUGCAUCUGAGGAGCCAAAUACAACAGCGGCGGCGGGAAUGGGUGUCCGGCUGCGACCACGCCCACACAAGCAGACGCGCUUCCUCCUCAAUGCCCAGCAGCUGCAGCAGCAAAUGCAGCGACGCAGCUGGUCGGAAAGUGAUCUCCUCAAGGAGAUCGACAACGAACUGCAGCUGGCCAAGGGCUUUCUCUACGCGAAUGUCUACAAAGUCAAGCACGAGUAUAUGAGCGAACCGGAGACGGGAAGCGAUCGUCCCCGGAAAAUGGCACAGUUAGGUCGAAGGCAGUACGAAGGAAUCGGUCCGGUGACCAACGAUGGAAUGCCCAUCAUCCUCAGAUCGGAGGUCCAGGAGCCGCAUCAGCAUGAGUGGUACAAGCGUCUGUAUCAGACGAUUCACAAGCAGAAGAACGGCGAUGAUUUCGUGAUUCGCUACAAGUGUCCCAGAGCCCGUCCGUCGUACAAGAGCAACGGCUACGUCUCAGAGCCAGAACCCAACUACGAUUCCGACUACUCUACGGUGAGGUACCGCACCCAGAAUCCGCACCGCGUGCAGUCCGUCUCAUCGGCUGUCAAUGUGCGCAACCUCAGCCACGACGAGAAGUUGUAUGGUACUAUGCCAAAUCCCAUAAAAUCAGCCCAGAACUCGUAUAAAAAUCAGCCAGGUCGCAUUGAGAACUAUACGACAGGUCAUUCAUCUGUUUCCGAAAAGGAAAAGAAGGAGUGGUGGGACGAAGUGAUGGACAUCUUUAACGGGAAUCUAGAACAAUCAAAACUAUCGCCUUUGUACACCGAAGGUAACUUGUCCAGAGCUUUGGCCAAGGAAUCCGGCUAUACUAGCGAUUCGAACCUGGUCUUCCGCAAGAAAGAGGUACCCGUUAGCAGUCCCCUUAGCCCCGUUGAACAAAAACAGGCCUACAAGAGUCUCCAGGCAGGCGGAGAACCUCCACUGCUAGGCUUCCGCAAACCAGCACCCGAGAAGCCCCGUGAAAUUGUGGAGGAGUUCGAAUUCAUACAGAUCACUCCCACGCUCACAAAGAUUCGUGUGAGCACGAAGGAGCUAGAAGAGGAGGAGCCCUUGAAAAAACCACCAACGCCACCACCUCCGCCGCCACCUCCACCACCGCCGCCGCCUCAAACUUUGACCAAGAGAAGGGAGAAGAAACCGGCGAAGAUGUUCUCGCAGCUGUCGAAGAAUCUGCCCUCGUUCAUUCCGUUGAGCAAGAAGCAGCAAGUGUCGCAACAGGAUGAUCCACCUCCGAGGCCGCCCCACCGCAAAUCCAGUUGCACGAAGAGCACCGUGAGGGUCCUGAGUUCCGCCUCGAAGUCCCGCCAUGAGCAGUGCUUCCAGCCACCGAAUGGUAAUGCGCCUGGGGUAUCCACCAUUACCCUUAGGAAGGUAGCCACCUCGAGCUGCUCCCGUCGUGAACCAAUUUGUCGAUCGAAGUCUGCUGGUGCGGUGUCCACUCUUCUGCAAACUUUAACGGCCACCAAGGAGACCCGACUCACUCGACGCGUUCAGCAGCAGCAGCAGCAGUCCCGUUUACGAUCUUCGAGUCCUAGUAGACGCCCGGCUCGUCUUCUAGCCCUUCGCCACUCCAGUCGGAGUCCUGUGGCCUUUGGCAGAAGCAUCUCUAAAGAGAGAAGCUUUGCCGAGGAGAAGAAGCGAUUGGAGAAUACCCUGCCAGCUAAUCGCACCAACUUUGAGGCUAGUACUAAUAUACUAAGGGAUCCCUCCUUGAAAUCCCCACAAGAAGUGAGGGAGGCCGUGCGUUCGUAUGCCACUUCGCGUAGCAAGUCCUUGCCAAGACUUCGUCAGACUACAGUGAGCACCACCACGAGGCAAACUAUGUGCUUCCCCCAAGUGCGACCUCAGACGCUUUUGGAUUGUGGAACUCGUUCGCUAAGGAAGUCUUCCUCGAAGGCAGGAAAAGGUCAGGCCAAGAACGGAUCCAAUGACAGUCUGCCGAGAAGUAACUCCACAUUCUCCAUUGACUCGAUGGUGCGUCAGGAGUUUGUGCCCAUUGCACCACCUAAGACAUAUGUGGGUAAAUCCAGAGGAUCAUUAUCAAAAGCACUGGUUCCACUCCAGAAUAGUCGUAGCGAAGGUCACGUGCCAAGGAAACGUCAGUCUGGAAAAACAGCUACCAAGCCAUCACCACCGGUUACUAUCCACUCCUACAGCGAAUCGGUGAGGGAGAAGACCAACUUUUGGAACGAGUACAAUGCCAAGCAGGCCAUGUCCUUGCCGCAGGAGUACAAGUUCUGCCCAGAGGAUGUGUGCGAUUAUGCUAGCCAAACGAUUCAGCAACCCUGCAUCGAGGACCUUGUCUGGAAAUACGAGGGCAAGGAGCAACGUCCUCCGAAACAGGUGAUCGUAACGGACAUUGCUCGUCCUCAAUCGCCGCUGCUAAGCCAGGAACGUCGCUUUUCGCCCACUCGAGAGGUUAGGGUUCCUCAAAUCAGCCGAGAAGUGCGUUCUCCCUCUCGUCGACGCAUCGAUAGUUUGCGUUCCAAGGAUAAGGAACAGUCCUUGGCCAGGGCCAGUAGUCUAAGUAGCGCAGAUGAACGUAGGAGGGCUACUCCAGCUCCUGCCAAUGGACUCUACCAAUGCGGGGAGUUAGCACACAGCGCCACUUCUUUGACCCACUUGGAGCGGCAUAGCCCCAGCUGUCGGUAUCGCAACAAUUGCGAGCGUUUCACUGAGCUGAAUCGGUUUUACAGCACUCUGGAACGAGUUGGCCAACUGGAGAGAGCCACCUCGUCUAGCAGUUUCCAUCCUUUGAGGAAAGAUGCCGAACUCCUAGACUUUGAUGAAUGGCGUCGUGUCCGACUCCAUGAACGAGCCGAAAAGGAGCUUCAAUAUUUGGUAGGCAAGCUACAAGAUGAUCAGAAACAGCGCGAUUUGCACUUUCGUUCCAAGGACGUGGACUCCAUCAAGUGGCGUCAUGAGGCGGACCAAUCGCUGAUUGCCAAGAAGAAGUCUGUGGAGGAUCUGCGCGAUAACUUCGAGCAGUUGAAUCUUCUCAGGCAGCAACAGCAGCUGCAAUCGGAGCCAGUUCAUCGCCAUUGGAGACGCAACACAGUGGCUGAUUUGGCCAGCAGUCUGGAGCACCAGACCACCGCUGAGCCGGAGAUGGAACGCCACUUGGACAACGAUUUAGUUAGUACUUUGUCCAAGGAUCAGAUCAAGAAAAUCACUCAGCAGCUGAAUGAGAUUUACUCAGGAAAUCGUCAGGUGCCUGCUGUCGAAGAGCAGUAUGUGGUCACCGUAGAGAAGGGCUCCAGACCAAAUGGUCUGAAGGUACGAUGCAACUCGACCAUCUCCAAGGAUCAGCUACUGGGACCAGUUCAACGUAAAAGGGACGAACAGCAGGCCAAUCAGACUCUGCCUCGCGCCACUCGCAGUCAAUCGCCCGUGGUGGUGGCCAGGCAAACUCGUGGAGCCAUUGCCGCCAAGAAUGCAGAGUUAACUCUUUCGAAACCGCCAGAUGUGCCACCUAGGCCAAAACCAACACCAAGUCAAGAGGUCAAGAUCAAGGCAUCAUCAAAGAUUGAAUCCAAAGUGGAAACACGCGAGCCAGCUGAAGAUAUAAGCCAUAAGAUACAAUAUUUCGAAGAUCGUCAGUUCGAUGAGCCACCUAAGACCAUUUACCACGCUCGCGAAGAUUCCUCGCCAGAUGAGGCUGAGGUAAUGCGUCUCAUCAAUCAAAAUAUGCAGGAACGUCAGCGAGCCCGGCAACUCCAUCAUCACGAGGAGUUGAGCAACUCACUGACCGAUUUGAGCGGAGUUUUUGGAGAGCGUCCUGCGGCCCGGGUAAAUUUUCACUUGCACAGCCCGCCCGAGCGUCCGCCCGACGAUACCGAGCUUAUCAGCUUUGGGAACGGAUCACCGGAUCAAGGAGACGGCAGUCUUGAGCUCUACUCGGACUCCUACUACCGUUCGCGUAGUUUAUCGCCUCAAUCCCAGGCUUCCGCCUGCUCUAGCUCUUAUUUGCAACGAGUCUACACCGGCGAGGUGAGGAAGAUGCGUCAGCAUUUCGAGAGUAUCCAACAAUCCGGAGAACAAUCCCGGGAGCCAUCCAAUGAGCGGCGUGAUUUUUUUGGGCUUAGCUCGCUGCGGAGGGCGCGCAGCGAUCCCGAAAUAAAUGCGGGAUCCAAAGACGCCCCGGACACCGUUACGGAGACGGUGUCGAAGGAGGAUGUGCCGCGUUUAACCCACAAAUUUGAGUCAAGGGCAGCCACACCGUCACCGGAACGAGGACGAAGGCGCCUGAGGAGCGCCCAGGAUAGACUAAUGCCCCAUAUUAAUAUCAUCAGUAAGACGGCGGCCCUAAAGAGGGAGUUAUCCACUCCCAUUCGAUCGAGUCCCACGAGGAGCGUGAGCAGCAACAGUCACUGUUUCGAACGGUUGAGGAUGCGCUAUGAAUCACCAGAACCGCAGACCCAGAGCUACUUGUCCACUUCUCAUCCGGAUAUGCGUGAUGUCCAUGACAUAUCGCCGCACCUGAGUGCCGACUGGGUCGCUCACAAGCACCCGGAACCAUCGAAACCCAAGGACUUGCCCAAGAAGCCACAACGUGUGGUACGUGCCAGUUCCACAUCACCACCUCGACCGGCCAGAUCGCAGAACCACCAACUGAGCUCCCGGCUAACAAGUUGCAUGAAGGAUAUAUUUGCCAACCAGAAAUUUGAUCCCAACAAACAUCGUCCCAAAGCUCGAUAUGUGCCCGAUGGAGCAGAGAAUGGUAAUCAAAAACCCAAGGAGAAUGGAACUUUGGAGCGCCUCAAGAAGACGGCCAUGGUGACUUUUAAAGAUCUCGACCCGAACGCGCCCCCCAUUCCUCCCCAGCCACCAGUCAAGGGUCUUUCCUCCUACGAUUUCCCGUACAACACUGACACCGUCGACGGAUCAGAGUCUCCCAAUCGUUACUAUGCCACAGACGUGAACAUCCACUUCAAGACCCCGAUCAGGCAUGAACAGCGCCAGAACGUGCCGGAGGAGGAACUAGCCAUUCGCCAAGCGGAGCAUAUGCAGAAGCUAUACCACGAAGAGCGCCGCCGCAAGUAUCUACAGGAGCUGCAGGACAUGAACUCGCGCCGCCACACGGACAACUUUACGCCGUCGCAGAAGUCGCCUAUCGCCCUCAAUCGUUACGAUGACUUCCCCACGGACGUGACCCUCAAGUCGCUGGUGGGACCCAAGACGGUGGCCCGGGCUCUCUUUAACUUCCAAGGACAGAGCUCAAAGGAACUAUCCUUCCGAAAGGGCGACACCAUCUACAUCAGGAGGCAAAUCGAUGCCAAUUGGUAUGAGGGCGAGCACAAUGCCAUGAUUGGACUGCUUCCAGCCAGUUAUGUUGAGAUCGUCAGUCGAGAUGGCGCCCGUACCCCAUCGAAACGGCCAUCGGAGGGUCAGGCCCGUGCCAAAUACAACUUCCAAGCCCAAUCCGGAAUCGAGCUCUCCUUGAACAAGGGCGAAUUGGUUACUCUGACACGCCGAGUGGAUGGAAACUGGUUCGAGGGCAAGAUUGCCAACAGGAAGGGCAUCUUCCCAUGCUCUUACGUGGAGGUACUAACUGAUAUUGGUGCUGAGGAUAUUGCGGCCAGGACAACGACCGUGAUCACCACACAGAGCACCACUAAUCUGCGGCCCAAUCUCGAUGUGCUGCGCACAAACAUCAACAAUGAGUUCAAUACGCUCACACAAAAUGGAGCCCAGCCACCGAAUGGAAUCCUCAAGGAAACGCGGACACUACACAAGACGGACGCCCUCCACGUGGACACCAGUUCCGAGCCAUUGGCUUACCGCGCCCUGUACAAGUACCGGCCCCAGAACUCCGACGAACUGGAACUGCUCGAGGGAGAUGUGGUCCAUGUGCUAGAGAAGUGCGACGACGGAUGGUUCGUGGGCACCUCACAGAGGACCGGCUGCUUCGGCACAUUCCCCGGCAACUACGUGGAACGGGCCUAGAGGAGAUCGAUCGAUCGAUAUGAUCCUGACCCCGGAUCAACGUUCGUCUCUAAUCUUAAUGAAUUUGUAGUCUAAUAUGAGGAGGAAUCAGCGUGGCCGGGGCGAAGGCAGUUCUAUUAUUAAUUCUGACUUGGUUUUACUGGAUUAUUUUAUGUUGUUGUUGAAUAAUUCUUAUCCCGCUAAUUCUGCUGCUUUCGUUUUGCCGUAAUUUAAAGCUAUUUAUUUAUUUUUAAACAGAUCAUUAAUUAUAUCAAUGUUGGAAUUACGUUUAUUUAUGAGAUGCAAAUAUUAACCAGAAGUUGUCCCCUCCACCUCUCCCCACUCCGACACCCCCCGUUCACUCAAACACACACAGACACACACACACCAAAUAUCGAAGGACCUAAAUUAAGAUCAUACAUAUAUAUACUUUGUCGUUUACCUACUAAUUUUAACUAGUCACAGCUAAUUUCCAAAAAAAAGAAAAUCAAUUACAAAAAAAGAUGAAGUGGAGACCGUUGAACUAAAGUGCCUUAAAGUUGAAAUUUAAAUGACUAUAAAAUUACAAAAAAAAAUAUUUUAAAAAUGUACGAAGAUCCCUUGUUGAGUCGGCAAAGUGGAUAAUUAUUAUUGAUAAUUAUUAAUAUUAUUUAUGAUGAUAUUGUCGAGUCCAAACCAACAAAAACCAUUUUAAAAUCAUUACAAAAAGCGUUUAUUACACAGACACUGUUGCAAGCGUAUUUAGUAAAUAAAGAAGAAACUAAAAAACAA